AUGGCCAAUCCACUGGUUUUAAAUAAAUGUCUCUUUCUGGUCUCUCUCUUCUCCAUGUCCCUCUUUCUUCAUCAUUCCAUAAUAACUUGCGUUAAAGCAUCAGAAGAUCAGUAUCCACAAUCCCAGGAAUCUGACAGAGUAAUAAAACUACCAGGCCAGCCUCCUAGCCCACCAAUCUCCCAGUUCUCAGGUCACAUCAAUAUCGAUCCAGGAACUGGGAGGGCCCUCUUCUACUGGUUCUUUGAAGCUCAAUCUCAGUCGUCCAAGAUGCCUCUACUUCUCUGGCUUAAUGGAGGACCUGGAUGUUCCUCAGUUGGGUAUGGUGCAGCUGUGGAGUUGCAUGGACCUCUUAGAGUUGACAAAAAUGGAGUUGGCCUUCACUUCAAUAAAUAUGCUUGGAAUAUAGAAGCCAACCUAUUAUUAUUUGUGGAGUCGCCGGUUGGAGUAGGGUUCUCUUACACCAACACAUCUUCUGAUCUCACCAAAGUACUGGAUGAUGGCUUUGUGGCUGAGGAUACCUACAACUUCUUGGUGAAUUGGCUGCAAAGAUUUCCACAGUUCCAAACCCAUGACUUCUUCAUCGCAGGAGAGAGUUAUGCAGGCCAUUACGUUCCGCAACUCGCGGAGCUUGUGCAUGACCGGAACAGGGAUAGAACUAAAUACCCAAUGAUAAAUCUUAAAGGUUUUAUAAUAGGAGAGGGUCGGCGUACACGAGUUGGUAACGACUCCCACGGCUUGCAUCUACCACGUUUAUCCCCAGAGGACUUGGUGGAGCUUCCAACAUCGCCGACCUCAUGGAUUUGUCUGGUGGCUAGUUGGACCCUGCGCUCCACCGAAGACAGCACAUGGAGUUUUUGGCCUCAUUGGCUGAGAGCACGUCGUGGAAAUAUUAAUUGGCUGGGUUUGAGUGGUGGUAACAGUGGGGACACAGAUGGCAGAGUGCCAGUCAUUGGGUCACCAUACUGGAUUGAGGCUCUUUCACUUCCCCUCAAAUCUCCUUGGCAUUCUUGGUAUCACAACCAUCAGGUUGGAGGGAGGAUAGUGGAGUAUGAAGGCAUAACAUUUGUGAUAGUGAGAGGGGCAGGUCAUUUGGUACCUCUCAACAAGCCUAGUGAAGCUCUUUCCCUCCUUCACUCUUUCUUGACUGCACAACUUCUCCCUAUCCAUACAUGA